AUUACAAUAAUAACAACAGGGACAGGCUCGGACAGAAUGGACGCAACCCUGGCUGCAGGAAGCUGGCAUUUUAUAUUAUUGUUAAAUAGCUAAAACCGGAAUGCACAUCGUGUUUGAUUUAAUUGUAGACUAUAGUAAACAGCGAACAUCUGAGGUUUUGUGUGGAGAGCUGGAUACUGGGCAACGAAGCAGACAACGACACUGAAAACGGUUGUGUUGCUGUGGGCAAGCUAACUUCUCAAUGUGAAGCUGUCCCAUGAUGCAACAUGUGUCCCCAGCACCUGCAGUGACAAUGAUGGCCACCCAGAGCGUCCCUCCACCAUCGUACCAAGAGAGCCAACAGAUGACGGGCACCACUCAGCAGAACACCAAGACCCCACAGGUCCAUAUCCCAACAGCUACUGCAGCAGGAAAUACUUCCGUCAGCGUGACCCUUGACCCUCAGGCCCAGCUUGAGUCUGACAAGAGGGCUGUUUACAGUCAUUUCAACAGACAUCCUUUGUUCCCCCUGCUGGCCUUGUUGUUUGAGAAAUGUGAGCAAGCUACACAGGGGUCUGAAUGCAUCACGUCAGCCAGCUUUGAUGUGGACAUUGAAAACUUUGUGCACCAGCAGGAGCGAGAACACAAGCCCUUCUUCAGUGAAGAUCCAGAGCUGGACAACUUGAUGGUAAAGGCCAUUCAGGUGUUGAGGAUCCACCUAUUAGAGUUAGAGAAGGUUAAUGAGCUCUGUAAGGAUUUCUGCAACCGUUACAUUACCUGCCUGAAAACUAAGAUGCACAGCGACAACCUUCUCCGCAAUGACCUGGGAGGACCCUAUUCUCCAUCACACACCAGUCUCAGCAUGCAGCAGGAACUAAUUCAGACCUCCUCUCCAUCCAUGACCUCUGUCUCCAGCUCAGUUAACCCUUCAGGGAUUGUGGUGCCCACCGGGGGUCUGCAACAGGGCAAUGUCGCCAUGACAACCAUCAACUCUCAAGUGGUACCAGGUGGGACCCUGUACCAGCCAGUUGCCAUGGUGACAUCACAAGGACAAGUGUUAACGCAGGCGCUGCCACCAGGAACCAUUCAGAUCCAGAACUCACAGGUAAACGUGGAUCUGUCGUCCUUGUUGGACAGUGAAGACAAGAAGUCCAAGAAUAAAAGGGGGGUCCUACCCAAACACGCUACCAACAUCAUGCGCUCCUGGCUCUUUCAGCAUCUCAUGCACCCUUACCCAACAGAAGAUGAGAAAAGGCAGAUUGCAGCACAGACCAGUCUAACCCUUUUGCAAGUGAACAACUGGUUCAUCAAUGCACGUCGGCGUAUCCUCCAGCCAAUGCUGGAUGCCAGUAACCCAGAUCCAGCUCCCAAAGCGAAGAAGAUGAAAUCUCAGCACCGUCCCACACAACGCUUCUGGCCCGACUCCAUCGUGGCUGGAGUUCUGCAGACGCACAGAUCUCAAACAGGAAACAACUCAGACAACCCACUGAGUAUGGACAGCCUCCAGUCGCUGUCCUCAGAUUCAGCCACCCUGGCCAUGCAGCAAGCCAUGCUGGGAGCCGAUGACUCCAUGGAUGGCACUGAGGAGGAUGAAGAAGAGGAGGAGGAGGAAGAGGACGAUGAGGAGGAAGGAAUGGAGGAGGAAGAAGAAGAGGAGGAUGGGGAGGAGGAAAGCCACAGGGGGAGGCAAAUGUCCAGUGGAAGAGGGGGAAGGAGAGAUCUGAGCAUGGAGCACAGAGAGGAACUGGAGUAGUGGAGUCGGGGAAGACUAUAUGAACUAUGACCUCCGUUGUCCACUUAAUACGGCCUCAUUUAGACUCAGCUAGGGUUUUAUCCACAUUCAUCAGACACUCUUCUGCAGAGCCUAAUGACCAUCAUGAUCAUGAUUAUAGGGAAUGAAUAAUAUGUGUUACUUCAUUUUACCAUAGUAUGUUCUCAUGCAGUGAGCUCCAGAAAUAUUUGGCUAGUAGCACAUUUCUUACUCUAUAGCUCGUUAUUUAUGGAAAGAAAUGGCACAGAAACUAUUACUGUCAGUCUUAAAAUAACCCAUUUUACUACUUACAAUUACACAUUUUUCAUUUGGAUCAAGUUUGAUGCUUUCAGCAAGCCAUGACAUUUUGAGUCAGUGAACCGAAAGUGCAAAUGCUGGAAAGGGGAAUGAGGAGUCUGGUGUAGUUGCACAUGCAUCAAAACACAGGGAGAAUGUUGGACUGCAUGUGUAAACAUCUACUUAAUUGAAUGUAAUCUGUCCAAACAUGUUGACCCCUUGAAAUGAGUUACAAAAAGGGGUGCAGCUUUUCUAAACUGUCCAUAUCAUAUGACUCAAAGCACAACAUUUUCAACUGACAGUCUACUAACUUUGCAGUUAAUGUGUCAUUUUGGUUCCUAAAAUAAAAGUGAGGAGUGAAAAGCAAAGGGGAAUAAAAAAGGUGUGAUGCUGUCCGAAUACGUGCAGAUGUGACUGUGCUGGCUUCUAGUGCUGGGACAUCUUUCAAGCCUUUUAAAUGACUCAUAGGUUCUCAGGUCAAACAACACUCAUUCAACAUGUUUCUUCCUCAUGAGUGAAACACUUGACUCGUUGCUGCAGCAAAUCUUUUUGAGCAUGACUUCUGAAAUAAUGUUUAUUUGUUCUUCUCCCAUGAGCAAAAAUAAUUAAAAAAAUGUAGUAAACCAGUGUAUACUGACUGCACUUCUAGUAUGUAGAUUGGACUUUUCAUUUGUUUGCAUUCUGGUGUUGAAGGUUUGCAUAUUUCUUCAGUUUUAGUUUUUGGGCAUGGCAUCAGAGGGUAGCUAAAGCAACAAUAUGACAAGAACUUUUGCUUCUGCAUAUACUGCAGGUUUUGCAAGCUUCCUGAAUAAGGCUGUUGAAAUACCUGGUGGCCAUGCAAACACUUGACAUCAGCUGUUCAAAAAAUGCUUCUGUAUUUUGUGACCUUGGAUGAUGCUGUCACUAAAUAAGAGCAUGGAAAGCCCUGCCAGUUACCACAGACUGUGUCAUCCGCUUCUCAGCGCUAAGAGAAAUCACACAAAGACAGUCAAUGACUUUGGAUUCAACAUAGAUGGUGUAAUUUACAGACAGACUCUUUCAAAGAAGACAAUUUUGAGGAAAUUGAGAGAGAUAAACUGAGCAGCAAUGUCUCUUUCAAUUUUAUGUGAAGGAUUUUGAAGAAACUGUGAAACAUUUUCAGCUCUGUUUUGUACUAAAACACAAAUGGAGUCAACUCGUUUCUAAUGUGAAGAUGUCUAGAAAAAGAAAAAAACAUGUUAUAUUGAAUGUUCUGAUUGUUCAUUGUGAAGUAUGUUGCUCAUUAAUAUUCUUUUCCUGAUUGCUUUUUAAAAUGGAUCUUCCAGAGCAAGUAACAGACAAUAGGAACUAUUUCUAUUUCAUUUGUACACUUUGUUGUCAUAAUCUAUUGUGUUUCAAAAGACCGAUUUUAAUAAUUAAAACAUGUAAAGGUACUGAUGUUGACUUCGUUAUCUGAAUGUUCUGCCUAUGUUUCAGCUAAGCAAAUGCAUCCAGGACCAUAAAUUCACAAAUAGAAAGUAGAUGGUUUGAUUCAUGAGAUUACUGUUGUUCCUUGCUACACACACUGAGACUUAUAUGUGGGUGUGAGGCAUUUCUGAACCCUCUCCUGCCCUGCUGCGCUGUAACAUAUUUCCAAAUUACAGAGUUAGUAGGCUAAAUAUUGGAUGAACUUCCCAUGCGUUCCUGUCACAUGGGUAGUCUCCCACCCACUAUCAUUCUAGCCUGUGAUUUAAUGUGCAGGAAGACACCCACCCAAACACACUCCCACCUUUUCAGACAACUACCACAAAAGAAUCCAUAGCGCUUUGACCACAGGGUUUCAACUUUUGAAAUGUGGAUUCUGCUUCCCUCCGAGCAAAUGAUAAUCACUGCUGUGGGUGUAUUGCCACAUUGUAUUGUUUUUUUACAUGACUUGUAUGCUUGUGUAUAAUUGCAGCCUUGCAUUGUUUUCUUCUUCUCUCCACUAGAAAAGUUGAAAAGGUCAAACUUU